GCAACAACGCUGAUAAGGAUAUAUUCUCCACUAAAACUGUAGCGAUUGACAUAUUUAAAACUUCCCCCUUUUUGAUAAAAGCAAUUUCGUACGAACCGCAACAUUCAAUGGACGCACGACGUGUUACAAGCGCCGUCCCCAGGGUCCGCCAAGUCGGCUUCUUCACCCCCAACGCGCCGCCGCAGCAACCGGGACCUACUCGGUCUCAAUCAGGCCCCCCAAUCUCCAAUUCGCCACCGCUCUCCGGUUCUCCUGCCAGCAACUCCCUCUCUCCUGUAAUGAUCCCGCCGCCACGUCACCUAUCCGACAACCUUGGCCGGCGCACCGCCGCAGUGCCAGUUCCCGGACGGGAAAACGCUGGAUACCAUGGGACUGUAGGAAGUUACAACCCCUCGGAAUCGGUGUUGGGGUUGGAGUCGCCGCCUCCGAGUAGGAUCGGCGACGGAGAGUUCUCGGAGGGGACAGAAUCAUCGUUGGGAUGGUGUCGGAGGAGUAAUUCCGCGAAAUUUGCGUCUAGUUUUCCCGGAGGCGGUUUCGAUUUGUCUCCAGCUAAGCAACCAGAAAGUGUUGCUGGAGUGGAAGCUAAGAAUCAACUGCCUGAAAAAAGUGAAUUGCAAAAGGAACAAGCAUCAAGUUCAAAGCCUUUAAAAGCGAAAACAACCAAAGCUGAGAGACGCGCCCUGCAGGAGUCUCAACGGGCUGCGAAAGCUGCUUCUAAAGCUGAGGCAAAUAAAUCUGGUACACCUGGAGGAGCAGCUUCUUCUAAACCUGUGAAGCAGCCACCACAAAAGAAAGAUGGUCCUCCAGUUGCAGCUUCCAUUGCAGCUUCUGAAAGAAUAGGAGUUGAUCACCCAGCAGAGAAAGAGAGGAAGAAAGAUGUUCCUCCUCCACGUAUGCAAUUUGAUGAUGAGAGUCGUGUGGGGAAGGCUAAAAAGCGAUCUGUGUUGAAUCAACCUGAAACUAGGAAUAGAGUCGAACUGUUUCGCCAUCUGCCUCCACACAAAGAUGGGACUCAGCUUCCUCAUUUGGAGUCUAAAUUUUUUGAACUUCAUGAUAAGCAUCCUGCUGUUUACAAGGUUGGAUUGCAGUAUUUGACUGGAGAUUUAUCAGGAGGUAAUGCUCGUUGUAUUGCAAUGCUGCAGGCAUUUCAGCAAGCUAUCAGAGACUAUUCUACACCACCACAAAAGACCCUCAUCAGAGAUUUAACUUCCAAAAUUGGUGGUUUUGUGUCUUUUCUGAUUGAAUGCCGCCCACUUUCUAUGAGCAUGGGAAAUGCAAUCAGGUUUCUGAAGAAUCGUGUCACCAAGUUACCACUAACUCUUUCUGAAUCAGAAGCAAAAGCAGCCCUUUGUUCUGACAUUGAUCGUUUCAUAAAUGAGAAGAUAGUGCUUGCUGAUCAGGUAAUAGUUAGACAUGCUGCUACAAAGAUCAGAGAUGGCGAUGUUCUUAUGACAUAUGGAUCAUCAUGUGUUGUUGAAAUGAUUCUUUUAUAUGCCCAUGAGCUGGGGAAACAGUUCCGUGUUGUGGUGGUAGACUCACGUCCCAUGCUUGAAGGCCAAAAGCUACUUCGUAGGCUGGUGGCAAAGGGCCUGAGUUGUACAUAUACUCAGAUAAAUGCUAUUUCUUAUAUCAUGCAUGAAGUCACACGAGUUUUUCUUGGGGCUUCUUCAAUAUUAUCGAAUGGAACCGUAUAUUCAAGGGUUGGGACUGCAUCUGUUGCUAUGGUUGCUUAUGCAUUCCAUGUUCCAGUUUUGAUCUGUUGUGAAGCAUAUAAAUUUCAUGAAAGGGUGCAGCUUGAUUCAAUCUGCUUUAAUGAGCUAGGUGACCCAGAUGCCAUAGCAAAGGUCCCUGGAAGUGUGGACGUGAGUUAUUUGGAUUCUUUGACUGAUAAACAGAAGGAAAACCUUGAACUUCUUAAUUUAAAAUAUGAUGCUACUCCUUCAGAUUACAUCUCUAUGAUUGUCACAGAUUAUGGCAUGAUACCUCCCACAAGUGUUCCUGUCAUAGUGCGCGAGUAUCGGAAGGAGUACUUGUUGAUAUAGAGUUGUCAUGAAUUUUGUGUAAGGAAAGCUCUUCGCAUAGAUUCAUAAAGGAAUCCAUUUUUGGGAAGAUGGAUUCGUGUUUUAGGCUUUUUGAUCACUCACUUUAGUACCUUUCUUAUUCUUUCUUUACACCAAAAUCAUAAUUUUAUGCCAUAUCAAAUCAACUAAAAUCUCAAAAACGUUAGUUAUAGUAAAUAAAACUAGUUUAGGCCUAUAAUGGUUGUUGUGGCGUUUCUUGCAUUGGAAGAGAAAAAGCUUCCAUGUACAUGCAUGUUUGAUUUGCAACUUACGCUGAUGAUAGCUAAGAGUCAAAGUUUUCCUUUUCCUCAGAUUUGAAGCAGGAGUUGAGAAUCACCUUUUAGUUUUAGUUUGGGAGCAUAUCACCUUUAAUUAUUGUAAUAUAAUUAAUCCAAUCUCAAUUCAAAAAUGUGUAAGGUUCAUCAAAAUUUCAUAUGGACUCUAUACUUAAAUAAGUGGACUGGUGGAUUUGUACAUAAUUUUUUAUUAUGAUUAAAUAAUUGUAGUAUUAUAGCAAGUAUUAUGAUAAAAAUAAUUGUAAGUAAAAUAUUCUCUUUUAGUUUCCGAAUGUAUCCGGCCAAAAAAAGAGUAUCUGACCAGAUGAGAUAACAAUUGCUAGCUGUUACAUGAUACAAACAAGGGAAUUUAAUUUGUGUUUUUCAAAGAGCAAUCUUCGUAAUAAAUACUACAUAGGGAUUUUAGUUUGCGGGUGUGCAAUUUUCCUAAUAAAUACUAAAUAGUAGUUUAAAAAAGAGCAAACGAAGUGAAAAAUAGUAUUAGUUUAGGUCCAUGUCUCUACCUAAGAAAAGGGUUUAGGUGGUUGCUUAGCUGAAGAGGAUUAGGAAAGGUGUUAGCUAUUUCUGCGUUUCCUGUUAGCCAAAGAUUAGGUGGGCGUUUGGUCGGGAAAAGU